AACUAAGGAAUGGAGAAAGUUUGUGAAUUCUGCACAGCUUUGAGGCCACUUGUUUAUUGUAAAGCUGAUGCAGCAUAUCUUUGUCUAUGCUGUGAUGCAAAGGUCCAUUUAGCAAAUGCGUUGUCUGGCAGGCACUUCAGGAACCUUGUGUGUAACUCAUGCAGAUACCAUCUUGCUUAUGUUCAGUGUUUGGACCACAAAAUGUUAAUCUGUCGAGACUGCGAUAAAAAACUGCACAAUGCUUCUUUACCUCGUCAUAAACGAGCCAUCAAAAGUUUCAUGGGUUGCCCUCCUGCUAAAGAAUUUGCAACACUCUGGGGGUUUGAUUUGAAUGAGAUUGAAAACAGUGCCAAUCAGGAUCAGUUUGAAUCUAUUUCUUGUGUUUCUGCAGACUUGGAUGUGGUACAAGUCUCAGGAAAGCCUAGCAUUCAAACUGGGGUCUCUUCAAAGAUAUCUGGGGCUAAACUUGUCAGGGGAUCGAGCAGUCAGCAAGGUCAGAUAUUCUACGGUGGUCAAGAGCGACAAACUAUUCUGCAGCAGGUUAUUGAUUUAAAGCGGCUUCAGCUAAAUGAUGAGAGUGAUCGUUCUACAAAGAUAAUUGAGUUACAAGAAAAAGACUUAUCUCCUUCAGUUUAUCAUACUCCCAAGAAAUUGGCUGAAAAAUACAAUCAGCAAGCACAAAAUUUCCAGGAUCACGCCACUAAUUUUCUGGAAAAAGACAUUCCCAUUUUGGAGCUGAGUCCGAAAACUUUGUGUUCGCUUUCUCAACUUGAUAAUUUAUCUUCAUCUUCAAUUAUAGACCUUCCAUUGCACAGAGAGUUGUUCUGGACAUGCAAAAGUCCACUUCAAAGUAAUCAGUUGUGGUCCCAAAAUAUUCAAGACCUUGGGAUAUGCGAAGAACUUGUCUGUCAAGAUGAUUUCAACAUACCAGAUGUUGACUUAACAUUCCAAAACUUUGAGGAACUAUUUGGAGGAGAUCAAGAUCCAAUUAGAGCACUGCUUGGUGAUAAAGAUGUCUCACCCACUUCUCUAGAGAAGGAUAUGUCGGUUGAUAAGUCAGAUAUCGACAAUCCAAGUGCAAUGGAGGUCUGA